CGCGCGUGCGCUGCACGAUCCGGCGGUUGCUGUCUCGUCAGUCAGCGCCUGACCGUUGAGAGGGGCGGUUGUGCGGAGGAGAGGUCUUGUUUGCUGCUGUCGCCGCCCGCCGUCAUCGACGCAAUGGCUGAGCCCGCCACCCAGUUCCCCUAUAUUUCUUCCUCCGCGGGAGGGGGCUCCUCGGAGCCGGGAGGACGAGACGCCAAGGGGGCAGGUUCCCCUCAGUCUUGCGCUGAUUCCUUUGUUUCUUCCUCUCAGCCUGUCUCUCUCUUUUCGACCUCGCAAGUUUUCCACCAGAGUUUUGAGCGUAACAUCGAUGAGAACCAAGAGGGCCAGCAGAUUGCUGAAGGGUCCAAAGACAAUCUACUGUGUGCAUCUCUCCCUUUCUCUACUCCGGACCCUCAAGAAAGGACAACACCUCUGACCGAAAAAUUGCCCUCAAAAGCUGCAACUCUGCCUUCUUCCGGAUGCUUUUCAUCGGCAGACUUCCAAGCGUCUUGCUUGACACAUUCAGAAAACCAGAGGGAAAUGAGUGGUAAACCAGCACCCUUAUAUGCAGAAGAAUUCAGUGAUGGCAAGAGAUGGAGCUAUUUUAGUGGGACCAGUGAAGAUUCAGGAAUAGAGGCAGCUUCUGUUGGAUCUCCUGGCCCAGAAGAACCCUUAUUCUCUGUUGUAUCCAAAGCUCAUAAUAAUGAGCCAGUGAAUCAGAAUGGCUCUCUUGGGCGUGAUAACUCUGUGGGAAAAGUCAACACAGGCAAUACAGCUGAUCUGAACAGCCAUGACGAACCCAAACAACAGGCUUCAGGUGGAGAAUCCAAAUUUACUGUAUCGGCCAAGCCACAAGAAGGGUCUGAGCAAUUGCCCACAAGAGUUGUGCAUUCUCCUUCCUCUUCUUCCUCCUGCCCUGCAGCCCCUGGUGAUGCUGUUGUGGACAAAGAUUCUCCCGAAUCGCCUUUUGAAGUAAUUGCCGGUAAACUGGAGUUUGAUAAAGAAUUCAAAGAUGCCCUUGCCAACAACUCCAGUGACAUCGGUAGUAACUGGGUCAUGCACAGCGAACGGGAGCUACUCACAGAUAUCCCAGAAGAUGGCAUUUGUGAGUUUCGAGCCAAACCUCGUGGCGGGGGCAGAAUUCCACCAGGGCCCGGGCUGUCACGCCAGUCUUCAGGCACGACUGCAGCACUGGAGGAAGUGUCCAAAUGUGUCCGUGAGAUGCACAACUUCACGAGCGAGAUGAUGAGUUGGGACUUGAUUCCCAAAGAUCUCGGGGAAAAGACAGCCAAUUCAACAAGCUCAGACCACCCCGCAUUGCCUACCAAAGAGGGGGGUGGGAGCAUAGGCAAGGCAGAAGCAGGUAAAACUUCCACUCCUUAUCAGCCUCUCAAGAUCAGUGCCCACCAAAAAGAAAGGACACCUUCGGACAUGGAAAAGCAGUCAUCUCAGAAACGAGUGAAUGGAGAGACAGCUGCAGUGAAAACUGCCCCUGCAGUGGAACUGAAGGCUGAUGUCCGUUGGCCAAAUCCAGGCUUGCCUGAAACUGCUGAUGGUGACAGCUCCGGUGAGUCAGAUGACACUGUAAUUGAGGACAUUGUGGCAGAUUCAAUCUUCCGAGGAGAGAAGGGUGCAGAGAGCAACAGGCACCCUCAGAAGCCAGUGUCUGAACCAACAGCUUCUGUCAAAAAGGAGAAUGGAUCAGGCAAGCCAGGUAAGCCUGGCCAAGGAGCUGAAAUGCCAUCAAAGACUCUGGAGGGCAACUGGGGAUUUAUUGAUGACUUUGAGACCAUCCAAACCAAAGCUGACAUUCUUGGAGGAAGCCCAGUUGGUGCACCACAGUUCCCUAAACUGUCCAGUUCAAGCUUACCUGGUAAGGAGGUACAGGAUGCGAGUGGUCGUGAGCAGGGCAUUUUUGGGAAACAACCCAGAAUCGAAAGCAUUUCCCCCAAAGGAACCCUGGGUUUGGACAACGUCAAAGAGGCUGUUAGUCUAGAUGCUCCGAACAGCGAGAGUUUUAUGGACUUUAUGAAGGAAUGCUUGAAAUUCAAGGGGAAUGAGUCCCCCGAAGACCCCGUGGAAACGUUCUCUGAAGCAGAGCUAAGAGCAGCGAGAUCCGAAGUGUCAGCUCCACACUUCCAGCCGCCACCCAAGGCGGCUCAAGAUUUUGAGCAGGAACACCUCACCAUCAAGGCCCUCAAAGAAGCAGGGAGAAAAGCGGAGGUGGGGAAGCCAAGCAAGUUCUCCAUGCCAGGGGCAAGGCAAGCUGGGCAGUAUGGCGAGAGGUUGCUGGAGCACUCUGCGCCUCCUCAGAAGUCUGCCUUGGAGAAGAGGCCCCUCUGCCUCGAGCAGGCCGUGGAUGUGAAAUUGGCUCCUGCCUCUGCUAGCUUUGGCAUGCAUGAUGUUCCCCGGGCGUCACCUCAGGCCCCUCCUCCUGAGCUUCCCAUACCUCAUGCUAUAGCGAAAUUGCUGGCUGAAGUCUCAGUGCGUGAUCUGAUCUUCUGGCGGGACGUGAAGAAGACAGGCGUCGUCUUCAGCACCACCCUGAUCUUGCUGCUCUCCUUGGCCGCCUUCAGCGUCAUCAGCGUCAUCUCAUACCUCAUUCUGGCGCUCCUCUCUGUCACCAUCAGCUUCCGAGUCUACAAGUCCGUCAUCCAGGCCUUACAGAAAUCCGAAGAGGGACAUCCUUUCAAAGCCUACCUAGAUCUGGACAUAACCCUCUCCUCAGAGACUUUCCACAACUAUAUGAGCUCCGCCAUGGCACACAUCAACCAUGCCCUGAAACUCAUCACCCGCCUCUUCCUGGUGGAAGACUUGGUGGAUUCGCUGAAGCUGGCAGUCGUCAUGUGGCUGAUGACAUACGUUGGGGCCAUCUUUAAUGGGAUUACCCUCCUCAUUCUCGCGGAGUUGCUGGUGUUCAGCCUCCCAGUUGUUUAUGAGAAAUACAAGACCCAGAUCGACCACUACGUCGGGAUCGCCCGGGAUCAAAUCAAGUCGGUGGUUACAAAGGUCCAAGCAAAAGUUCCCGGAGUCGUGAAGAAGAAAUCCGAAUAACCCUGCAGGGAGUCGAGGGCCAGCCACCGUUUAAAACGAAAUGAGAAAAACAACCCCCUUUGUGUCAUAGCUAUAAUCAUUGUUACUUGUACCUAUGAAGGAACUUGCCGAGUCAGCUUGAUGUCUGCAUUCCAAGCUUACUGAUUUUAUUUUUUAUUAUUGCCCCCCCCCCCCCCCCAAUUCCCUUUUAAGCCUAAACACUGGGCUCAAAAUACACUGGACUACACUCAAACUGGUGUCAGGCAUUGGAAGCUGUGGGGGGAGGAGGAACCAGCGCUCCAGGCGCCCCUGUCUCGGAGGGAAUGGUGCGUGUAAAAUAAGCUGCUGGAAGCGGGUGCUGUUACCUGGCUAGCAAUACGCAGCUCUGCUCAAUAGGAACGGCUUUGAAUUUUUUUCUUACAACACCAUGUCAGGCUGAAAUAGCUGUAUGAUGAUGGUAGCUCCCUUAUUUUCCCUCUUUCAUCUCUCACCCAAUACCCACCCGCCCUCAUGAGUGGAAUCCUGGUGUUAGCAUUGGUGCAGCGUUCCACUAAAGCAGAAGGUGCGUCUGUCCUUUUGUUUGCAUCUCUAAGCUCUUCUGUCUUUCUGGCAUGGAUUAAUCUCUAAUGCAAAGCCAAGCUUAAGGGAGCUUUUUUUUCUCAAGCCACAGCCCCUGUUCCCCUCCCUCUGUCCCACUGAAGGAAAGGGGGAUUCUCCACCCCGUCUCCCUUAAUGACAUCAGUUCUGCUGUUUGGUCUGGUUCACCUUCCAGACUGUCUCUUCUCUCCCCAGCCUUGCACUGAAAUCCAGACAAACCAGUCCUUCAGUCUUAUCCUCCCCCCACCCCCGGAGGUUAAUAUGGUUGUAGUUUUUCGAUUUUGAAACAAAAAUGUCUGUAACUGCUGUACACGUUCUUUUUAAAAAGCUAUUGAAAGAAUCUGCAUGUGAUUCCUCAGCUACCAUAAUAUCAAUGCAGUCCUUAAAAGAAGUGGGGAGAAGAGGAGGUAGAACCGUGGAUGCACAGGGGCAAGGAAUUCGAGGAUGUGCAUGGAGAGCUUGCCUGGCUUAACCACUGCACUAGGUUAAAAUCUUGCUGCGGUCUCCCUUGCCAGCUUCCAGGCAAGAUGGGGAGCUUCAGGUAACCUGAGUGAAAAUAAGAGGGGUGCAGGGCUGGUUUGGCACUCAUGCUGACUAGGGGGGACCCAUUCAGUGUUGGGAGCUGGGCAUAGGGAACAGAGAGAAAGACAAUUGGCAGCUAAAACUGACAAGGACCAGCUCAGCUCCCACUACUCUGAUUGUUCCCAGAGUGGAAAAGAUGAGAGCUUGGGAAAGGAAGGUAUAAGAAGGCGGCUUGUCUUGUGUUCAGGCUAUGCAGGACUCACUGUCCCCUGCAGGUCAGCUUCCCCGUGCUUCUACAGUCUUGUUUUCAUGUUGCAACUAGGGGGUUCCACUUUUUAUAUUCCAAGCCGAAUAAAACCCUGAAAAAUACCUUAUUCGUCUACCAAAAUAGGCACACCCGAAUAAAAGCUGAUGUGAUUUGGCUUUUACUUGGGCACAGCUAGAAGGCUGAGUUGAUUCAGCGGCAUGACUCUGUGAGUCAACUCAGCAAGCAUUUAAGUUUUAAAUCGCUGUUUAGUUGACUCCGACACAACCCCUAUCAAAGCCCCUGUACCCUUCUUUCCUUGUGGAUCACUUCCUUCUGCUGGGUCAAACCCCAUCUUCCUGGAGCGCUGCAGUCCCAACUGAGCAUCCAAAAGGUGCCCCUGGGUAUCCGCUCAAACAUCCAGGAGCCUGCUUCCCAACUGCCCCUUCACUGCUGUCAAGAGCAAGCCUCUCCCUUUUGCCUUCUCCCUCCUGCAAAAGCACCUUCCCAGGGUGCUGGAGACCCUGUUCUUUCACUGCUUGUACCUCCUGGCCUUCCCUCUAUUACCACCGAGGGUCAGUCAGCCGGCACAACCCCCAUCAAUUCCCUUUUUCCUUGUGGAUCACUUCCUUCCCCUGGGUCGAACUCCACCUUUUCGGGGUCCUGCAGUCCCAACUGAGUAUCCCAAAGGUGCCCCCAGGUGCCCUCUCUAACAUCCAGGGGUCCACUUUGUAACUCCAUUGCCAUUGCAUGCAAGCCCUCCGUUUCAUCUUCUCCCCGCUACAAAAUCACGUUCCCAGGAUGCUAGUUGCAGAGCAGCCACCGAGCACACCCACUAUCCACAAGUCAGCAGCGACACAAUUCGACAAGUCAACUCAGCAAGCAUUUAAACCUUAAAUACCUCACCCGUUAUACCCUGUGGGAAUAGUCCCUAUAGGACAUAAUGGAGCCAAAUAAAUGCAAGCUUUCGGAAUAUUUACCCAAAUCCCAAUACGAAACCAAUAUUGGUAUUUGGAGAUACUGAUGUUUUUCAAGUCCAGUGGACCCGAAUUUAGGGAAAAUGUUUUGUUUUGCACCCCCCCAGUUGCAACUUGCAGGUUGGGGAAGCACCACCGCAGGCAGAGCAUCCGAAGGAGACUUCAUGCAUGCAAACUUGGCUUGUUGCAGUAGCCUUGGAAGCCACGCAGGCACACGUUGCCUUCCUGCCCGCUUGCCUGGUAGGAAGUAGCUGGGCGUUGAGCAUCCUGUUGCAAUGGCUGACGCCUGCCAUCGCUCGCCUUCGUGUUUCGCAGAUCCGAGAGCCAGCAAACGCUGUAUCGUUCCAACACUGCAUCUGUUUUCAGGCCGCAAGGGGAUUUGAAGGUGUAUCUCGCAUUUUUUUAAACUUGUAACAGGAUGGGUGUGUCUCGGUGAGAAGUGCACCAGUGUCUGAAUUCUGUGCUUCUGCUCACAAACACGCCUUCCUCCUCCCACUUCCUUCCCUCCUCCCGCAGCCCAAGGAGGAACUUUGCACUGUCUUGUUCCAAAUCUCUCCUUAGCCUCCUCCUCCCCCCUGCUUCCAAGGAGCUCUUUUCUCUGCACUGGAAGCCCUUUGGCUCACCUCUUUCCAUCUCUUCUGUUACUGCUGUGUUUGAAUACCGUGAACAGACCUCUUUGUGCCAGGUGGGCUUAUUUUUUUUUUAAAUACAGAAAAAUGUACGUAGAUGGAGAAAAAUGACAGAAACCUUACUAACUCAGCUCUUGCAUUUUGUGUGCGUGUUUGUACUGUGCGUGCAGCAGUAAAAAAAUUUUAAAAGGCCGGUAGUGCCAAGGGAACAAGAGAACCUGGCUGAGGUUUCAAGAGAAGUUAAUGAAACAAAUGCAAUUUGAUGUGGUAUUAAUAAAAGAGCACAAAGUACAAAUUCCA